CACACUCCAACAAGCGGAUGCGUUUUACUUGCCUUUAUCUUGUACCUUCUCACUUCGCUCUUCUAAAGACCAGCCAGAUAUUUAGGAAGGUGUCGCUUCAGAUUGAUGGCGGUAGCGGUGGCGUUUUGAAGGAGGCCGGUUCGACAUAUUCUAACCAUAAACUGAACUUUUUCUGGAGGUUAAGGCCUGUUUUGUGUCAGCGCAGUGCCGCGUUCAAAGGGCGGCAGCCAGCAUCCGACAAGAACGGAAAUUUCCCUCUUCGGUGCCGAGAGGUUCGACCAGUCUAGACAGAAUGACGAUCUUCUUGAUUAUCGGAAAGAAGGACCAGAACCUGACCACGCUGCUGUGGAGGCUGAGCUGAAGUGAAGCGAGCCGACAUGACCUAAAGAAGGAGGAGGUUAUGUGAAGCGUGUAUACAACUGUGCUGACCGUUUGUGAGAGACAUUUGAGGAAUCAGAGGAGGCCCGUGUCAAAGGUCAGCUCAAUUAGCUGAAUAACCACCUGCAGUAGCGUAUCUUUUGUGAUGGAGUUUCCACAAAGCUGGGCUGCACAUCACCACCUAACAAACCUACCACCUGCAUACGGAAGUACAGCACACACAGAGUGAUCACUCCUUUUGACUUCCUGGCGGACCCUGUAAAUCGACAAAACGGCUAGAUCUUAGACUUCCUCUGAAGAACCACAAACGUCUUGAGGUGUGAGGUAACUGGAGGCAGCCAUGAACGACUAUCCGGAGAUGUCAGUGAAAUGUGUCCUCGUUGGGGACAGCGCAGUCGGCAAGACGGCCCUGCUGGUCCGCUUCACCUCGGAAACUUUCCCAGAGAACUACAAGCCCACAGUGUUUGAGAACACUGGGGUGGAGGUGUACAUGGACGGCGUCCAGAUCAGUUUGGGGCUGUGGGACACAGCGGGCAAUGACAACUUCAAACAGAUCAGGCCGAGAUCGUACCAGCAGGCCGAUGUCGUCCUCAUCUGCUACUCUGUGGCGAACCCGAACUCUCUGGCCAGCGUCCAGCACAAGUGGAUCGCUGAGGUUCGGGAAAACUUGCCCAAGGUACCGGUGCUGGUUGUGGCGACCCAGACAGACCUGAGGGAGGUGGGGGUGCAUCGGGCCAGCUGCAUCACACCAAUGGAGGGGAAACGUGUGGCUCAAGAAAUCCACGCUAAAGGCUAUCUGGAGUGUUCCUCGCUGAGCAACCGCGGUGUGCAGCAGGUGUUUGAGUACGCAGUGCGUACUGUUGUGAAGCAGGCCAGGAAACAGGCCAGGAGGAGCUUGUUCAGCAUAAACCAGUGUAAGGUCUUUUGACCUUGAUGUGGUGGACACCUGAGCCUUUUAUGAGAUGUUAAGUGUGCUGUUCAAACUCAGUUGGCCUUGUAGAGGUGGAAGAACCCAAAAUGUGAUUUCUCAGAUAUAACAAAGGGUUUUCACGAACCUACCAAAAUGUAUUUCAAACUGAGAAUGCACUGAUUAAAACAUAGACCCUGUGGACCCUCAUGCAUGUGUCAGAGGUGGAAGAGGAUCUGUGUUUGAGAUCCAGGGAAGUAAUUAAGCAUAGUGUUUGUUCUUACAUGGAGUUUGGACAAGCGGGACAACGGAUUUUUGUGAAAGACUUUUACUUAAUUAUAGUACUUCAAGUGUGAUGUGAACUUUGAAAUGCUGAAUUAACCAAAUAAGUUCAUUUACUAUCACAAAUAAAAUGACAUUUUCUUUAAUGUGGCAAAGAGCCAUGGUGAUGUGAUUUUCACAUUUGAAAAGAAUCAAAUGGGAAAAACUUUUUUUUAUUGACAGGAAAUAAGUAAAUUAUAGUGUGUGUCAGCAAUGAUUUAAACUAUCAAUAAUAAGAUAAUGCAGAUGACAGCCAAACAUGGAAGACUUUUGUUAGGCUGUACAUACAAUUUAUUUCUUUAUAUUGUCUUUACAGGGGAAUUGUAUUAGACGUGACCAGAAAAUAAACCAUUGACAGGUAAAAAUGUUGACAAAAAUGCCUACAGGCUGCAUGUUUUCUCUAGAUUAUACAUUCAUCCUAUUUAAAUGUGUCAAAUCUAUUUAAAUACUUUAAAUUCUGAAAUGAAGUCUAUAUAUGUUAUUAAGGAAUUUAUUUUUUAUUUGUAGAUCAACCUACCAUUUUUUUCUUUUAGAACUUGAACAUAUGCAAGACACAUCAAAAUUUUAUAAAAUGCUCACAUUUUAUCAGAAUCGUGCCACGUAUCAGUGACUGUUAUGGAAUUUUUAAAAAUAUACUGUAUACUGUUUUUUUUAAGUUUUUUUUUUAGAAAAUGCAGCAAAGAUAUUAAGAUACCUCCUGCUGUCUUCAUUUUUUUCUUUGUGUGGUUUUUGUGGAACAACUAACUCACUUAAAACUGAAUAAAACUACAGGUUCAACACACUUAGCAGUUUUGUUUUAACUUAUCUGUACAGUUGGUGUAAUUGUACAGUUUUACCUGUAACGGACAACUAAAUGCGUAUACACGGGGAGGUAGCAAAUCUAAAAAUGGGACAAGAUCGGAUUUUCAGUCAUUUGUGGCUUUUCAUUUGCAAGUUAUAUACCUAUAUUUAUCAUUUUUGUCUUUUUUCUUUUUGUUGUUUGUUGUUUGUUUAUCACUCUCCAUCUGUUUUACAUCACUUACUGGUCCAGAAUGAACUUUAUAAGAAUCACACAGUGGAAGAGGUGUAAUUUUUAUUUUACAUUAAAAGACAUGGUCCACUUUG